AUGCUCCCGGACGCCGUUGCUUCGGCACUCUUGUACGAGGCCAUCCACAAGAACAAGGACCCGAUCACGUCCGUGCCUUCUUCACCGUUCGACCCGGCUAUCGGCUUGAAGGUGCGCCUCUACAACGCCAGCCAUUCCGCCUGCGUGGCGGUAGGUCACGUGGUGUCCGACGCCACCGCGGAGGCCGCCCUUCGUCACUGGCAAAGUUCUGCCAAGCUACAAGGUCGUUCCGGGAGCAGGCAGCGGGCAUGGCGUGGUUUUAGGGGGCUCCGGGGCAGGAGGUGA